UUUCUCUUAACAUUUCCGCGAAACGCAAAUCCAGAAAAGCAAAACCCUCUUUUGCCAAUUCUCUCUCUCUCUCUCAGAAAAAAUGCGUGAAAUCCUUCACAUCCAGGGCGGCCAGUGCGGCAAUCAGAUUGGAGCAAAGUUUUGGGAAGUGGUAUGCACGGAACACGGCAUCGACUCAACCGGUCGCUACAACGGCGACUCCGAUCUACAAAUUGAGCGCGUCAACGUCUACUACAAUGAGGCUAGCUGCGGCAGAUACGUGCCCCGAGCCGUGCUCAUGGAUCUCGAGCCUGGAACCAUGGACAGCGUCCGCUCCGGGCCGUUCGGUCAGAUUUUUCGCCCCGACAACUUCGUCUUCGGGCAGUCUGGGGCGGGCAACAACUGGGCGAAAGGGCACUACACCGAGGGAGCUGAGCUCAUAGACUCCGUCCUCGAUGUGGUUAGAAAGGAAGCCGAAAAUUGCGAUUGCCUCCAGGGAUUUCAAGUAUGUCACUCUUUGGGAGGUGGCACAGGGUCUGGGAUGGGAACCCUCUUGAUAUCCAAGAUAAGGGAAGAAUACCCUGAUCGAAUGAUGCUAACCUUCUCUGUCUUCCCAUCUCCAAAGGUGUCGGACACAGUUGUGGAGCCCUAUAAUGCUACCCUUUCAGUGCACCAGCUUGUUGAGAACGCUGAUGAGUGUAUGGUCCUUGACAAUGAGGCUCUCUAUGACAUUUGCUUCCGUACUCUCAAGCUGACAACUCCCAGCUUUGGAGACUUGAACCAUUUGAUAUCUGCUACCAUGAGUGGUGUCACUUGCUGUCUUCGCUUCCCUGGGCAGCUCAAUUCGGAUCUUCGGAAGUUGGCUGUGAAUUUGAUACCGUUCCCGCGACUCCACUUCUUCAUGGUUGGCUUUGCCCCACUUACAUCUCGUGGAUCACAGCAAUACCGCGCUCUUACUGUUCCUGAGCUGACCCAGCAAAUGUGGGAUUCUAAAAACAUGAUGUGUGCUGCUGAUCCCCGCCACGGACGAUACCUCACUGCAUCAGCUGUCUUCCGUGGCAAGAUGAGCACCAAGGAGGUGGACGAGCAGAUGAUCAAUGUACAGAACAAGAAUUCGUCCUACUUUGUUGAGUGGAUCCCGAAUAAUGUGAAGUCCACAGUGUGCGACAUCCCACCCACUGGCCUGAAGAUGGCGUCCACAUUUAUUGGCAACUCAACAUCCAUUCAGGAGAUGUUUAGGAGAGUCAGCGAACAGUUCACUGCUAUGUUUAGGAGGAAGGCUUUCCUUCACUGGUACACCGGUGAGGGAAUGGACGAAAUGGAGUUCACUGAAGCUGAAAGCAACAUGAAUGAUUUGGUUGCAGAGUACCAGCAGUAUCAAGACGCCACAGCUGAUGAGGAUUAUGAAGACGAAGAAGAUGAGUACGCAGAAGAGGAAGCCUAAGUACAAUUAACCGCAUUCUAUAUUUUAGUAUCUACAUAGCCUAUCUAGGAUGUAUGUCUGGUUUGUGUUGCUAUUUUCGGACCUUUUCAUAUGCUUGAAUUAAUUAGAACUUGUGUAUUAUCUGGUGAAAUUUCGGGCUUGACAUUCUAUUACAGAUGCCUACUACCUUAGUUAUGUUUCUUUUA